ACACGCUGAGCCACAAAUGAUGUGCAUCUGUUUAAUCUAGAUCGAGAAUGGGACAGCACUAACUGGUCCAUUCCCAUUUGUCCUAGUUUUGAUGUCCAUAAAUGAAGAUAAUGAAUCGUGUGUCUGAUGGAGCAGACUGGGCGUGUACUGUUAAAGCUGCUAAUUUAAAUUCUUCGUCUGACCCGCGUCGUCACGGUUACUUCACAGUUGACUUUAGCCGCUUAUCAUUCAAAUCAUUUUUGACUUCGAGUCAAUUUGACCUUGAAAUUCCAGCCACGGAGCGAGUGCGUUUUUUUUCUUCUCAAGUCGUUGUGGAAUCAUAUUCUUUUUGUUUCCCCUAGCGGACGCGCGGCGCACUUACAAUGUCAAAUGAAAAACAGGGAUGAACGCCAUGUCUGAUCCUGCCGUGGAGGAGUAAAGAAAGCGCGGCGUCGUCGAGGAUUUCGGAGCGCAGAGAAGCCCGUCGCCCCCUCCCCUUCUCCCUCCCUCCCCCCCACUGCGGGGCCUGGAGUGCGAGAUGGCGGAGAGCGCGGCCAUCGCCCAGGGCUCCCCGGCCGUGGGCGCUGCUGGCUCGGCUCCGGCGGCUCCAGGGGUCGCGGGAGCCGAGGGUUCCGGAGCGGCGGUCGGUUCCGCGCGGAUCGCGGUGAAGAAGGCGCAGCUCCGCUCCUCUCCGCGCCUUAAGAAACUGGAGAAACUCGGAGUGUACUCGUCGUGUAAGGCAGAGGGAGCUUGCAAGUGUAAUGGCUGGAAGAGCCAAAAUCCACCUCCAACCCCACCUCCUCCAACCCCUCCCAGGGCAGAGCAGCCAAUCGCUGUUAAUCUACUUGAGCCUUGUAGAAGUUGCAGUCACCCGUUAGGAGAUCAUGUAACUCACCUGGAGAAUGUAUCAGAAGAGGAGAUGAACAGGUUACUGGGUAUUGUACUGGAUGUGGAAUACCUCUACACCUGUGUCCACAAAGAAGAGGAUGCAGACACUAAACAAGUCUACUUUUCCCUCUUUAAGUUGCUGAGGAAGUGCAUCCUGCAAAUGGGGAGGCCUGUGGUGGAGGCUUUGGAGAGCCCACCGUUUGAGAAACCCAGCAUUGAGCAGGGAGUGAAUAACUUUGUACAGUACAAGUUCAGUCAUCUCCCGUCUAAAGAGCGGCAGACCAUUGUGGAGCUGGCUAAAAUGUUCCUCAACCAGAUCAACUAUUGGCAACUGGAGACGCCAUCGCAGAGAAGGCAGCGGGUUCCUACUGAUGAUGUGGCUGGGUACAAAAUCAACUACACCAGGUGGCUGUGCUACUGUAAUGUCCCACAGUUCUGCGACAGUCUUCCACGGUACGAGGCCACGCAGAUAUUUGGCCGCACUCUCCUGCGCUCUGUCUUCACCGUCAUGAGGAAACAGCUGCUGGAGCAGGCCAGACAGGAGAAAGACAAACUGCCUCCUGAGAAACGAACACUCAUCCUCACUCACUUCCCUAAGUUCCUGUCCAUGCUGGAGGAGGAGGUGUACAGUCCCAAUUCUCCUAUCUGGAGUGAAGACUUCAUGGUUGGCUCAUCAGGUGGACAGAUCCCUCGAGUUAUCAGUGCGCCUCAAGUGGCUAGGCCACUGUAUUACACCAACAGUUCCUCUCCUGUGGAGUUGUCAGGGGGAGGCAGUGUGAGCCCAGCACGCAAAACUCUGGAACCCAGCCUAAGUGGAGAGAAGCGAAAGUCCUCUGAGCCUUUGUCUCAUGAAGACACUAAGAAAGCACGGGUCAUUGGUGACAUUCCUAUGGAGCUGAUUAAUGAAGUCAUGUCCACCAUUACAGACCCUACUGCCAUGCUGGGACCAGAGACCAGUCUCCUCUCAGCCCACUCAGCACGAGACGAAGCUGCACGGUUAGAAGAGAGACGAGGUGUGAUUGAAUUCCACGUCAUCGGCAACUCCCUCAACCAGAAGCCCAACAAGAAGAUCCUGAUGUGGCUGGUGGGCCUUCAGAAUGUCUUCUCCCAUCAGCUGCCCCGCAUGCCCAAAGAAUACAUCACACGCCUCGUCUUUGACCCGAAGCACAAAACGCUGUCUCUAAUCAAAGAUGGCCGCGUGAUUGGAGGAAUCUGCUUCCGGAUGUUUCCGUCUCAGGGCUUCACUGAGAUUGUUUUUUGUGCUGUAACCUCCAACGAACAGGUGAAGGGUUAUGGAACUCACCUGAUGAACCACCUAAAAGAGUAUCACAUCAAACAUGAGAUCCUCAACUUCCUCACAUAUGCUGAUGAAUAUGCUAUUGGGUACUUCAAGAAGCAGGGAUUCUCUAAGGACAUUAAGGUACCUAAGGCCAAAUAUGUAGGCUAUAUUAAAGACUAUGAGGGAGCCACACUCAUGGGCUGUGAACUGAACCCCAGCAUCCCCUAUACAGAGUUCUCAGUCAUCAUUAAGCAACAGAAAGAGAUCAUUAAGAAGCUGAUCGAGAGGAAGCAGGCACAGAUACGCAAGGUGUAUCCUGGCCUCUCCUGUUUUAAGGAGGGUGUUCGCCAGAUUCCAAUCGAGAGCAUUCCAGGCAUACGUGAGACAGGCUGGAAACCUAUGGGGAAAUGCAAAGAGGUGAAAGAUCCAGAUCAGCUAUACAGCACUUUAAAGACCAUUUUGCAACAAGUCAAGUCACACCAGAAUGCAUGGCCUUUUAUGGAGCCUGUAAAGAAGAACGAAGCACCUGGUUAUUACCAAGUCAUCCGCUUUCCUAUGGUGAGUAAGUACUAUGCUAGCGCUAGUGGUGACAUUUCACAGGAACCUACAGUAGUACCCAAUAGCAUGUCAACGUGCAGACACCUGAAGACCAUGAGCGAGCGUCUGAAGAGUCGAUACUACACCACGAGGAAGCUGUUCAUGGCAGACAUGCAGCGGAUCUUCACUAACUGUCGGGAGUACAAUCCUCCCGAGAGUGAGUACUACAAGUGCGCCAACUUGCUGGAGAAGUUCUUCUACACUAAGAUUAAAGAGGCAGGUCUCAUCGACAAGUAGACAUCAACACAGUCCUCUCCAGCUUUCUCAUUCUUUCUUCCCCUUGCCGUCAUAUGGCACUUGUCAGACUUUGCUGGUGCGAGCCAUGCAAUGCUCAGGCCAACAUGAAGGGGUAUACUGUUCAGAGCUUGGUUCCUCCAAAGAGCUGUAGCACAAAUGUCAUUGUAUGUCAGUAGAGCUUUGAAAGCUCUCCCUGAUUGUGUUGAUGAAUUAACACUACAAUGCUUUUGGCAUAACUGGGGUAAGAGUUUGGUUCAGUGCUAUAUGUACAUCUUACUGUGUACAGAGUCUUUUAUCUCCCUCUUGUUUAAGCGUUACUCCUGCCAAAACAUUUCACAUGUCAUGUGUGUUUUAACUGAGAAUCUGUGUACAUACGAAAACUUUCAAAAAUAGCUGUACAUUUUUAUAUUUUAUGGCUGGUAAACAGUCACAUAGACAUACCUUCUCUAUACUUCAUUUCAAGCAAAUUUACUCAAAAAAAAACACAUACUUGUACUGUGUGUUGUAUGUUAAAUCUGUACUUAUUUAUUAUUUUAAAAAAAAAUGUGAUAAAUAUUUGUAAGAUGAAAGUUUAUGUUAAGAAGUGGCUUGCUUAUGGUUCAAAAUGGAGUGGCUGGUGUGCUACAUGGUGCAGGCUCUUUAAUGCGAUGAUCUAAAA